AUGAACCAUGCACAACUUGUCCAAAAUCCAAAGUCUGGAGUGAGUCAGACACCUCGUAUUCACCCAAUCUUGCUACAGCUCCUCCCAUUAAUCAAGGCUAUCGCGACCGAGACCCUUCUUUACCCUCUUCUGCCCUCCAGUCGAAUGCUCCAUGCAUGCACUCGCUGUCGACGCUGGGGGGUGGAAUAUCCUGGCUACACACGGCAGUUGAAAUUCUACAACGAAACCCCUAACACGGUCGCAUUUCAACAUGCCCGACCCUCGUCGGCAUCGCAUACCUCGAACGCCAUCUCCAGACGCCCCCACAAGACUAGCAUGGACGAAGCCUUGGCGCCCAACCUGACGGCCGCAGCCCUGAGUCUCCAAGGCAAAGACGUCUUCACACGGGUCGUGAAGGCCACCUUCCCAGGCACGUACGCCACGUUCGGCCCACGAUGUGAGCCCAGCUGGACCGACUUCAUUUGGAGUCAUCCCGCUGCGCGCUCUCCGGCCGUGAUCUGGUGCCAGCGCUGCAUCAACACGUGGUUCCUGUUACAAGAUCUGGGGCGUCUCCUGGGGAAUCCGGCGAUGGUUGCCUCCGACACGGUGCUCACGACGGCUGUGAUGCUGGGGGUAUAUGAGAUGUUCGACGGACUGGGCCCGACUCCUAAGGGGAAAGGAAGUCGGUUGGGAGCGAUCGUAGAACGGGCAUUUAACGAGACGGUGCUGUGUCCGGGAUAUUUCCAACGCACGGGACGGGACGAUCCUUCGUCCCGACACGCGUUGGUCUUGGAGCUGCGUCACAGCGUCGAUCGGCUGCGAGAUCUGCAGCGACAGCUAGGCACGCUGCCGGCUGAUCAGGACCAGGAAGAGCCCAUGCGACGAGGCAUGGAUACUAUUAUUAGAGGGCCGAUUCCUUUAGACUUUGUGCACCGCAUUGAUCGGCGGCCGACUUUGCCGUUCCUUCGUGGACUCUGCCGGCCGUCCGCAGCAUCCAGGAGCUGGAAUACGACCGUCACGGCCAAGAAGGCCAAGAAGAGGCCACACAAUCACCUCAGAGGACUGGAUCGAUCAACUGGCCAUGUCGAUGGGGGGACGCUUGCAAUCAAGACGGCAGGGAUUGACGUGACGGAUGGAGAAGGUGAAUCUGAGAAUCUGGAGUCCUUUGAAGGACAGAACCAUCUGAAGGCCGAGAUGGUCGAAUUAGUCCGGCCGCAUCCAGAAGGUCUGGGCCAGGAACCUGCAGGAACGGACAGGAACGUAACCAAUCCAAAUCACGGCAGCCUAAAGUUUCAGAACGCCAUGCAGUCGCCACGGAACUCCGCCCCCCUCGAGGUGCUCCAGGGCUUGCGCGGCCCUUCCCUCGCAUUGGAGAGUCCCCCGUGGCUAAGCCUUGGAAUCGCUGCAUUAGUCGAAGCUUGGCGGGAGGGUGGCCAGUGA